UUGUUGUUGGCUUUGUCAAUACUUGAUGUCUUCAUCUUACGAGAUCGACUCGUGACAUACUAUAAUGCAAACCCCAGCUUUAAGUUACUUACAAUACAUCUUUACUACAAUCGAUCAACAAUUUUUUGGAUCCCGUGUCAAAAAUUCAAUCUUCAUCGUGAAUUAAAAAUGGUGGAAAGUAUGAUGAUCAUGAGGGUGAUUGUGGUGAUGAUGAUGAUUUUAAUUACGUGCAAUGGCGAUGACACGAAUCCUGUAUAUGAGCCAUGUUCGGAUACUAAGGUCAAGAUAAACGAUGGAUUUACAUUCGGCCUUGCGUUUGCGUCCAAGGAGACCUUUUUCUUUAAUCAGACGCAGCUUUCGCCUUGCGAUAAACGCUUACCACUCAAUGGGAAUGCUGCUGCUGCAGUUGCCCUCUUUAGGCCGAAAGUCGAUGAAAUUACUCUCUUGUCUGUCAAUACCAGCAGCUUCAAACCCGGUACAUCUGGUGGACAUAUGGUGGCAUUUGCUGGGAGACAGUUCGCUGCACGAUCUCCACCUGUCUUUGUUGCAGAUGGUACUCACACCGUGAAUAGUUUUACCUUGGUCCUCGAAUUCAAAACUGGCACGCUCCAAAACUUGUUCUGGAAGAAGUAUGGCUGCGGCUCUUGCUCAGGGGAAUCCGUUUGUGUUAAUAAUACAGACUGUGCAGUACCAUCAUCCAAGUGCAAAAACAAUGGAGGUGAUGUCGAUUGCACUCUAGGCAUACAAUUGGCGUUUUCAGGCACAGACAAAAACUAUAAUGUGCUUAACUCCUGGUACGAGGUAGCAAAUCUCCGACAGUAUUCCUUGUUUGGUCUGUAUUCCAAUAUCCGCAAUGUUUUCACCUAGAUAAAGCUAUCAAAGAGUUGAACUGAAGAUGAGUAUGAAACUAGUGCUACUGCAAUCAACUUUAGCUGUUAUACGAGUAUACAGACAGCAGUAGAUGUUUAUAUAUUCGAACAAAUAAUAUAUGAACACUAGGUACCUUGUCCACCGUGGAACCAUUGGGAUGUAAUAAUUUAUUGAGACCCUAGUCGCAUGUUGGACAGGACCAUUGAAGGUGAAAAACAUCUAAUACACUUGGCCAAAAUGAUCGAGGGCCCGAUUUUUACAUCUAGCACAAGAAGUUGUAAGUGGCCUAGACUGACAUGUAUUUUUCAUCUGCAAGUGCUUGAGAACACAGGAUGUUGAUUUUUACUAGUUAGAGGAUGUUUUUGUGUGGAGUUUACAGAGAUGUGAUGUGCUACGUACUUGAACUCAAGCUUGUAUACUUGCCGAAAUUCAUCUAUCAGAAGAUCAUAGGAUUAUGUUAUAAGCCAA